AUGACUUCUACUCCAAUUGCAUCCUCCUCUCCUACAGCAAUGUCCAAUUGUGACACUAUCCUGAAUGCCAUUAACAACUUAAGAAACGAUUUGAACGAAAGAAUCGACGGACUCAAGACCAGCAACGAAAAUAAAUUCACCUCACUGGAAAAUAAAAUCACCAUGCGCAUUGACUCAAUAGAAACAAAACAUAAAGCGGAGAUUAAAGACCUCAAGGAGAAAGUUGAAAGCCUAGCUAUCAACCUAAAAAUGACCAACAAAAAACUUGAAUCAGGUGCUCCUGCAAGCUCAAAUAGGAGGGAGAGAAAAACAAACAUAAUUAUCAAAGGUCUAAAAGCCUUGGACAAUCCCGAAACAGCAACGAACUACAUAAAUGAUUUCCUGAAAAUUAAGUUCAACCUUAACAAUUGCUUUAACAACUUAAAAAUCUUGGGCAAAGAUCAUAAUAUUUAUAAAAUAACACUAACAAAUCUCGAAGUUAAAAAACAGAUUAUGAUUAAUAAAAGAAGGAUUUUAGAUGGUUCUAGAAUCUACAUCAAAAAUGAUCUCACUGCUCUACAAGCCUCAGAAAUGCAUAAUCUGAGACUUGCCUCGAAAGAUCAUAAAUCCCGAGGGGCCAAGGUUAAACUCUACAGAAACAAGGUCUGCAUUGAGGACAAAUGGAUGCAAUGGGACGAAGAUUUAGGUGAACUGCGAGAAACCCAGACGCCAAUACACAACAAAUUAGGUGUCGCAAACAAUCCUGCUCGCGCUUUAUCUCAUAAGAAAAAUUAA